AUGGAGAAAUUUUCACAAUUCCGGGAUCGAGGCUCGGGCAUCGCGCCCUUCCUCCCCAUUCCUUCUCAGCCGUCGGGCUUGCAGCUCCCUCUGAAUAUAUUCCUCUUUUGCAUUCGCCUUCCCUUAUUUUUCUUCGCUAGCGCUAGCUACUUUCUUAUUCUACAAUGGCUGCCUAUUGGGUCCUUGGCCAAGAAGGCGUCCCUGUGGUGUAUACUUGGUAUCCCAAGCGUGUGGUGGAUUGACCUUCAAGUGGAUGGGGUGAGGAAGGGCUCCCUUUCCAGACAGCAGAAUGCCCGCCUUCCUGUCCCCGGGUCCGUCAUCGCCUCCUCCUUCACCUCUCCCAUUGAUGCCCUAUAUCUCGCAGCUAUCUUUGACCCCAUCUUUACCGCAUCCUACCCGAAUAACAGACAAGUGGAGCACAUUUCUCUUUUCCAGGCUAUCCUUCGCGCGUUUUCCAUGCCUGAGACGGAACCUCGCCCGGGUGCACGGAUGGUCGAUGUCUCGACCCUGUUGAAGAAAUAUCCCAAUCGACCGGUGGUCAUGUUUCCCGAAUGCACGACUACGAAUGGCCGUGGAAUUUUGCCUCUCAGUUACUCAUUACUGAAUGUGCCGCCCAACACGAAGAUCUUCCCUAUCAGUCUGCGGUAUACCCCGAUGGACGCUGUGACUCCGUUACCCGGGAGUUACCUUAGCUUCCUCUGGAAUCUGCUUGGAAAGCCUACGCAUUGUAUUAGGGCGCGCAUCGCGGAAUGUGUGAUCAGCGGCAGCAAUGGUUAUGCAUCAGGUGGAUCAGCAUCUCGGACGUCUGCUCUAGAACAGAACCGGAAGGUCGGCAUUGGAGAGGAAAAUUUAUCCGCUCCAGAAAAGGCUUUGCUGGAUUAUGUAGGUGAGUCUCUGGCACGACUGGGUAGAGUCCGACGCGUCGGGUUGGGGGUUCAGGAAAAGAAGGACUUUGUUCGGAUGUGGAGCAGAACACGACGGACGUGGUAG